GCUCUGUUUCUCGACGUUGAUCCACAAGCAGCAGCACCUGAAGGUUGACAGACUGUCCGGCUGUCCUGUUGUUGUUGUUGCUGCUGUGAAACUCUGACCAUCAGACUGACAGCAGCUACAGGUCCUCAGCAGCAUCAUGGCGUCUGAAGGCCCCGUGAUGAAUGGCGACAUCUCUCGCUCUCACACUGAGUGCGGCACACAGGAGGAAACCCUGACGCAGAUGAACAAGCUCAUCCAGGAGAACCGGGACCUGAAAGAGGCCCUGCGGCAGACCAACAUAACGAUGAAGGAGCGUUUUGAGGGUCUGUCAGCGUGGCGGGAGAAGCAGAAGGAGGAACGGAACUUCCUGGAGUGCAAGCUGGAGGAAGCUCGAGGGCGCAUGGAGGCGCUGAUAGUCCAAAACCAGGAGCUGAACAAGAUGAAGCAGGAGGAGGGGGGGGCAGGAGGUGGUCUGCUGGCUGCGUCGUCCAAUCACAGUGCGGAGCUGGACUCCCUGCGUGCCCAGGUUGCUCGCCUGCAGGCAGAGAAGAACGACCUGGUGGCCAUGAACUCUGAGCUGCAGCUGAAGGCCGAGCAGGACUCACAGGACUCCUUCAUCGAGGUCUUCAAAGUCUCCGAUGGAGGUGUGGACGGCGUGAACAGUGUGUGUGGUUUGGAGCGCAGCAGACACUCGGAGCUGAACAUGACGGGGUCCCGGCUGGAGGGCGAGGAGACCACCGUCAGCCAGCUGCUGCAGUCUCUGAGGGACGAGACGCAGCGGGCCGAGGGGCUGAGGACCCAGCUGCAGUCUGCCGCCGCCAGAAUAAAGGAGCUGGAGGAGAGGAAGUCUAUUGUGGAUGAAUCAACACAGACCACCCAAGCAGAGCCCACAGAGCCCAAGCAGGAUUCUGGGAAAGAAGAAAAGGCAGCAUCUGAGGUGGAGAACAUGAAGUCUCAGAUGAUGACGCUGUUCAAAGAACUGCAGCAUGCCCAGUCCAAGCUCGAUGAAGCAGAAGGCAUGAAGAAGAACCUGCAGAACCGGUGUCGGGAGGUGGAACAGGAUGUUGUCACUCUGAAGGCUCAGCUGGCCGACAAACAGGAAGUGCUUUCUGUCAACGAGCGGCUGAAGCUGCAGGUGGACAGCAUGCAGGCUCAGAACCUGAUGGAGCAGAGGAAGACUGAAGAGGAGAGGAACAACAUGUCCCUUCUGAAGGAUGCCUACACCAAGCUGUUUGAAGACUACAAUGAACUCAAAGAGGAGAAGAAGAAGAGAGAGUCUGUGCUGGUGGCGAAGGAGGUGGCAGAGCAGCUGCAGGAACGUCUGACUGCUGCCGAAGAGGCCCUGGCUGCGAAACAGAACCACAUUGAUGACAUGAAGCAGGAAAUGUUCAAGAAGGAGGAGGAACUGGGGACCAUUUCCGUGUUCAAGGCUCAGGCUGAGGUCUACUCCUCGGACUUCUACGCAGAGCGGGAAGCGAGGGAGAAACUCCACGAGGAGAGGGAGCGUCUGGCUGCUCAGCUGGAGUAUGUGAAGAAGCAGAACAACCAGCUGCAGGACGAGAUGGACUCGCUGGGCCGGCACUCGCUGACCGAGAUGCAGAAGAGACAUGUGUCACUGGGAGGAAAUCCACACGGAGCCGGAGCCUCUCUGGUUGGGAGAGGAACUGACUGGCAUCAGGGGAAUAUUCCCGAACACGCCUGUCCGAAGUGCAAUGAGGUCCUGCCAGACCUGGACUCCCUGCAGAUCCACAUCAUGGACUGCAUCAUCUAGAAAACCACCAUUACAAGCUUCAACAACAAUAAUCUGAGUCUUCCCCUUCUUUAUCUGUACCUCCUCUCAUAUCCCUGAGACUCGCAUUGGCCUCAUUCACCAAUAUAUCUUACCAAGUUUGUUGCAAAGUUGUGUGUGUUCUUAACCCGCAGAGUUGUUCAUAACGAUUCUGUUUGUCUUCGUAAUCUGAAGCAGUUUGCCAGUUGAUCUUGAUAAGCAGGUAAAUGGACUGAAGACUCUUCAGUUUCUGUUUCAGUGAAGAGAAAAGGCAAGACUGUACAGAAUAAAGUCUAAAGAGGGUCUUGCAAAAGCUGUGUAAGUGGGUUUUAAAAAAAAAAACUCUCCUUAAGAAAGGUUUGUGAAUGAGGCCCUAUCCCUCUGGUAUAGCAACACAACUUCAUUUAAAUAUAAUUGAGGAUUGCUUAUAAAGAUUUGGACUAUAACAAAAUACUGGGUUUCCUUUUGCUUUUGUCAUUUGACUGGAACCAAGCUGUAGAUGAACAGUUCAAACCCUUUGAUACGAUUUGAGCAAUGAGCUGUCUGUCAUGCACACUUAAAUUCAGCCUUUACAGUUGUUAUUGGUUAACCAAGUAUUUGGUUGCAGAAGGCUAUUUUUUUGUAUUGUCUUGAAAUUCCUAAUCUUUGUUUCCUUUGAGAGGAUAUUUUAGCUAAUGGUUGUUGUUGGUGGUGGUGGGAAAGACAGCACGAAACAUGUAGGCACUUUAUUAUAAAGAAAAUAUACCAUGUAUUUUAUUUUGACUCAGUGGGUGAUACCUGUAAAUUAAAAUGCAAUGUAUUUAACUUGUUAAUCAGCCUAUCACUGUGUAUGGUAGCUUUUGUAUGUCUAUAAGCAGGAGGCAUCAAUACCCUGCUGAUUAUAGGAGAAAUUCUGAUUCUGUUGUAAUUCUCUGAAAUAAAAUAAAAAUAUCUGCUCA